AUGAGUUACGUGUCGCCACCCCGGCUGCCCGGCAUCAUCGACAAAACUGGACAAAUCACCGUAGAUUCACCCGUGCCUGACUUCUAUGAACGUGUUCGGCAAGAAAGUUUAGAGGACUCUGUCGAUUCGGCAAAUACCUCGUUUAGUUCUUAUUCCGGUAUUUCAGAAGAAUGUUUAACACCUUUAAUCCCUUCGGAAGAAAAUCCACAUAAAUCUCAUUAUAGUCACGAUGGAAGUGAGAUCUUACUCGAUUCCAGAAAACCUUUGGGUGAAAUUUGCUUAAAUGCAAUUCAAAUCGAUCCAAGUCUUCCUAUCAGCGUCCCGCCAAGAAAACUUUCUGACCCAUUUGCUUGGUCUCCUAACCAAGCCAUCCAAAUACUCCAACCGUCCCCGGAUUCGAGCAAUAAGAACAGUGUCCCGAGUAUUGAUGAUCUAUUAGAAACUAAAGUACAGUCAAGACCAAUUAAUAGGUUAAGGUCAGGUAGUGAGAGUAAAGCUCAAAGUCUUCAACCAGUCGAAAUCAAAUGUACGGACGGUCAGAAGAUCUUAACUAUUUGUCCUUCUCUCUUCACCGUCAAAGAAGGUUUAACGGACAAGUCUGAGGUGGAGAAAACGGCACCGAAUGGAUUUGAAUGGAGACAGGUUCAAGAGUUGAAUGAAGAAAAUCUUCGACGUCUCAAUGAGCUACUUGAAAGUGAAGAACACGGCGACUCUCUAGGCUCUUCAUUCAUCAAGCUAGAACAAGGAGACGCGGAAAGUGCUAAGUUUUUGGAUAGUGAUGAUGAUGAGGAUGAUCAUGUGUUGAUUAAUGGACGAUCCAGGCAUACUGAAAGCGGCGCCCCUCGAGAUUGCAGCACUAACCUCAGCAUCGUACCCACUAUAGCUAGCCCACCCAGUUUUAUUCACUCGCCAUUUGUGAACGACUCGACAGACAUUGCCGAAUCAGUUUCUCCAAAAGGUUCGAAAGUGGCAUCAGAUCGUUUUUUGAAAGUUGAUUCCUCGUCCAAGAAAGUCUCUACGUUUUUCGACCAUGACGUCGUUUUACCACUCCCAUCAAAUGAUCCAACUCUCAAGUCUAACAAAACUACGCGCGAUCCAAAAGUAGUCAAGUCUGGUGUGAACAUCUCAUUGGAGCGCUUGAGUACAAUGCUUCUUAAACAGAGGAAGGUGGAUUUUGAGUAUGAUGAUACUGAAUCUUUCCUCAGUCAAGAUAGUCCGCCUGAAAACUCUGCUGAAGAGGUUUCUACUGACGAGGGCAACAAAUCUAAAAGGGGCAAGUCAAGGAGGAAGGUGGGGAAAGUAAGAUGUACAUUAUCAAAAGACGAGCGAAUGUUAGGAAUCAGAUGGCUUCAUCUCGUUGACACCAGCACCACGACUAAUCCCAACAUCACUCCAGAAGUUCGAUACCAUGCCAGCAUUCUUUUCUCGCUUUACUGGGGUUCUAGAACUGGCAACUCAAGUCCUGAUCAGUCAAAGAGUACAGAGGAUUCAGACGUACCACUGAAAGAAGGUCGUCACUCACAAUCAAAGAAAAAGGAAAACGUUGAGACUUCACGAGAAAAAAGAAAGAAGAGUAAAUUGAUUGCUGCUACCGCAAUGGCAUCUCUUACAUUGGCCACCAAGUGGCAUUUUGAUUUUUGCAAGCCGCUCUUCACUGUACAGCUCAAAAGCUUUUGUCAGACGACGAACUUUGGCUCGUUCAAAGUAACUCCGGAGAAUCUGAUUAUGGCAGAAAGAGCUAUUCUAUUUUCUUACCCAGUAGCCGGUGGAUUAUGGCUCGAUUGUCCACACGCAUUUCUCGAAGAACUUAUCAAUGUGGUUCCAACGUUGAACAUACUCAGUUCAAUUCCUGAAUAUAUCCUUCGAAAGAAUUAUUAUAAUGUGGGACAAAGUUUAAGAUAUUAUGAUGAACAGAAGAAUGUGAAGGAGAUUGAUUCGGAUGGAGUUUGGGAUUGGCCUGAUGUGAUGCAUGAGUUUGAUUUGGCUUUGGAAAAAGUAACAACAGUCCAAGAAUUCCUUGCCUUUAAUCCGGCAGUAUUUUGCGUGAUCGCAUUAUACUUAGCUUUAGUAGAAGUCGAACCUGGAUAUUAUGAAAAGAAACAAGAUUCACGAAAGAAGAAGGAUGAGUUAUUAGAUACAUCGAAAGAUAUCACAGAUGAAACGAUUAUGACCUCUGAAAAUAUUCAAGAUACGUUAAAGAAGUUAUUGAUUGAAGAAGAACAUUCGGAGUUAUGGGUAUGGAAGUUUAUUGAUGUGAAUGAUACCAUGAACCAAGUCUGUGAAGCAUUAAGAGUCUCUGCUAGGGACGUCGAGGAAUGUCUUAAUUGGUAUUCGGAAGUUGGAUUCGCUAACAUCCAUUUCCCUUGA